AUGAAGAGCCACUCUCCCCCCUUCAUGAGCUUCGCAAACCUGCAACUUUCCUCAAUCUACUACAAUCACAGCUUCGCACUACAACAUUACCACCUACCUCAGCACCACCACAAGCCAUCACAAAUGGCACCACUCAACUACACUCGCCUCAAAGUAGGCCUGUCGCGUGUUUUAUUCGACACCUCAAAUACUCUCCCGUACCGCACGCGCGCCCACAAACGCCUCGAAAUCCAGCACAUCGUCAACGAGGCCCGCGACCUGAUCAACGUCGGCCACUAUUCUCCCGGACAAAUCAAGCACAAGGUGCGCCGCGCCAUCGACAAUGUCUUGAAGGAUGUUGAGCCACCAUCUUCGCAGAUUGCACCCAUGAAGCGCAUCACCAAUAAGUCCGUUGUGCGUCACGCUGGUGUUAAGAAGCGAUCAUCUACGCGCAGAGAACAUACGUGUGCCGAAAUUGCAUGCGCCAAGGCUCUCUUAGAGCUCGCCGAAAAGUCUGUGGUCUUCGCUGAGGCUUGA